UGCAGACUUAGCGGCAAGGAUUGACAAGUUGGAAACUAAUAGGUCUGAUCGACGAGUCCGGAGACGGAGUUCACAAGCAAGGUCACCAUCACGACGCCGAUCUCUCUCACGACAGCGUUCCCACACGUCUUCUCGGGACAGAAAUAUAUGUUGGUAUCACAAGAAGUUUGGACGUCAUGCCCUGAAAUGUGUAAAACUGUGCAUCUUUAAAGAAGCUAAUCAGGCUCAGGGAAACGUCUCAGCCAGACAGUGAUGGCGACAGCUGUUACUGGCAAGCAAACAAGUCACCUUUUCUAUGUGAAGGACAAAACUUCAGACACUAUUCCUGGAGCAGAAGUUAGCGUGAUCCCCUCUUCACUAUCCAGGCGAUCUACACGGACAUCAGGAAAACUGUCCCUCGGGUCAGCCAACCACGAAAGCACACAGACGUAUGGGGAACAAUCUCUUAUAGUGGAACUAGGUUUACAUCGACGUUUUACAUGGAAUUUCAUAGUAGCCGACAUCGGUCAUGCCAUACUCGGGGCUGAUUUCUUAAGUAAUUUCAAUCUGUCAGUUGAUGUCAACAAUAAAAAACUGAUUGAUAACAACACCCAACUAAAGAUCCAUGGAAUUAUCUCCGAUUAUUCUGUCUAUAAUAUCAACAUCGAAAGACCAGCGGAUUACAUUUUUUCCGCCCUACUCCAUCGUUUCCCUAAAAUACUUAAACCGUCGUGUAACAUCGAGGACGUCCCUCAUACAGUCACUCACAAGGUUGUUACCACGGGUCAACCGGUUCUUGCUCGUCCUCGUAGAUUACCCCCGGACAAAAUAGCAGCCGCUAAGGCAGAAUUCAAGCACAUGAUGCAGCUCGGCAUCAUUAGACCCUCCAAUAGUCCUUGGUCUUCACCCUUACACAUGGUGCCCAAAGCUGAUCAUGAUUGAAUGCCAUGUGGGGAUUAUCGACAUUUAAACAAUGUCACAGUUCCGGACCGUUACCCGAUUCCCCACCUUCAUGAUUUCUCCCUGACAUUACAUGGAAAAACCAUUUUUUCUAAAGUAGACUUGAUCAGGGCCUAUCACCAAAUACCAGUUGCCACAGAGGAUAUCGAAAAACGGCCAUCAUCACACCUUUCGGUUUGUUCGAAUCUCUGCGCGUGCCAUUUGGUCUAAAGAACGCCUCACAAUCCUUCCAACGCUUCAUGGAUCAGGUCACACAAGGUUUGGACUUUGUAUUUGUAUACAUCGAUGACGUUUUAAUUGCUAGCUCGUCGCCUGAAGAACAUAGUGAUCAGCUCACCAUCU